CUCACGCUACGGUACGCCAUUUGUGUCUAGCAGCAAAAAGCGCGGACAGUAGGAAUAGUCGUAUAACAAGAGGAGUUUGAUCCAGUUUUAGUGAUCAGCUUCCCUGUUAUAUAAUUAUAGCAGGAUAUGAUAUGGAUAAAACACUGACAUCAGAAAAGGAGGCUGUUGAGGGCAAAGUGCCUGACGAUGACCCCAAUGGGAAGGUGCAGCCAGAUGAUGUGGAAAUGGAGGAAACUAAAGGAGACUCCCCCAGUAGGACUGUGAAGCCUGAUGAAGCAGAUGAGGAACUCGCUGAGAGCCUGCAGCCAGACUCCGUACCUGAAGAUGGGAAUAGCCUCUGCACAAUUUGUGGCUUCUCCGCCAAAGGUCCAAAAUCACUGAAGAUUCACUAUGCAAGAAAGCAUGGGAAGAGCUCAAAGAAUACCAACAGAACCUCAAAGCCAGCUGAAGAAAGUGAGAAUAUCUCUGUCGUGAAUCCAGCUGAAAUCCAACAGGAAGUCGACAUGCACACAGAUAGUUCUACUGAAGUUAAACAAAACCAGGAGUCUGAUGUUGAUGAGCUGAAAUCAGCAGCCAGUGACAAUGACGUGAACACAAAUAGUUUAACUAAAAAGGAAACUGUACUAGACAAACAGCAGGCAGAUCAAGAGGAGGCGAUCCCUGCUCAAGAGAGAAGAGUAAGCAAGCGAACCCCAAAACCUAAGAUGAUAUAUUCCUGCAACUUCUGCGGACAAGAAUUUAGGGACAAGUCCCCUCUAGAUGUGCAUGUCCAGAGAUACCACACCAAAGACGCCCCUUACACAUUUGAGGCAGACGAGAACAUGGAUCAAGAAAAGGCAGCUGAGGAUCCUGGCAGCUCUCUGAAGGCUACUCCAACUCGAGUGGCGGUUAAGCGCACACACAGCAGGUUCCAGCUCAAGUGUACCAACUGUGAUUUUAGGGUUAGCACCCCUGCAUUGCUGGAGAGCCAUGUUCGUGUCAAACACCUGAACCAGGAGUGGUACCAUUGCAAAUUGUGUAAUUUCUUUUCGGCCACAUCUGCGUGGAUGGACGUUCACCUGUCCUCAGAAAGCCACCUGCAGCAGCAGAAAGGGGAGAAAAACCCAGAAUCGUUCUCAUAUGAUGUCCACGUUGAGCGUGUAAGCAGGGACUGUGCUGGAGAUGGUGCUAAUGUGGAUGAUAUGGCUCAGGUGGCUGGCGGAGAAGGGGCAGCUACUUCGACAGGAGGUGAUCAGGAGACUGAGGAGGCUGCCAAAGCUGUGUCGGUUGAGGAGGAAGAUUCAGAGCUUGAAUCUCCCAGAAAGAAAAGAGGAAGACCAAAGCUAGGGUCCACAACAACUUGUGGAUACUGUGGCCUGGUAGUGUCCAACGCUACUAACCUCAGUGUCCAUGUCCGCCGUAAACACAGCAAGGAGUAUGGCUACAGCUGCACUCUGUGCAACUACAGCUGCGUGACCAAAGGAGACAUGGAUCGUCACUGUUUCACAAAGAAACAUGUCAAACGGGCACAAGAGUGUGCAAAUAAGAACGUAGCCAACAAUCACACGAGUGCAUCACCGCAGGAACCCACAACUCCACAAGCCCAGGAACCAAACAUAGCCUCGCACACCACAGACAAAGAGCCAGAAUCUGACAACACAACCUCCAAAGAAAACAGUGGAGAAGAGCAAACUCAGUCAGACAGCCAGAAAAAAAGCAAAUACGACUCUGUUAAUGCUUGCAGCCAUUGCGAUUUUGUAGCUCAGUCGGUCCCUUCGCUCCAUCUUCACGUCAAGAGAAAGCACACCAAAGAUUUCGAGUAUGUCUGUCUAGCCUGUAGCUACUACGCCGUAACGAGCCGGGAAAUGUCUCGCCAUGCCAACACGGAAAAGCACAAACAGAAAAGCCAGAAAUACCUGGAACCGCUAGGGAGUGAGGGACAGAGAGCUUUGGCAGAUCCAUUGAAGCUGAAAGAGGUCAUUGAGCUUGUGGGGGAAAACUCUAACCCUGAAUGUGAAGCUCUUAGCCCCACAGAAGAGUCUGACUCUUGUUCUGAUGACAUCCAAGCUGUGGUAAUUCAGAGUACAGCUGCACCCUCUGUCACCACAGAGCCUGUCGAUGCUGUAGCAAGCGUGGCUGGUAGUGCAGAUGAGAAGCAAACAGAGAGUAAUACAUCUUCCAGUAUUAGUGAACCAGAUCCAACCAAUGAGUCAAUUAGACCUGCAGCAGUUUGUGAACCCCAGCAGGCUCCAGCAGAACUUCAGCCUGCAGCGGAUCAGUCCACACAGCAAGAGUGCCAGGAGGCAGAGGGCAAAAAAGUGGAUGACGAGCACUUGAAUGCAGAUGAGAUGAUUUUAGAUGUAAAAAGUGACGGCUCUCAUUCAGAUACACAGAUGUCCAAAGCCAUUCCCUUUGAUGCCUGCAUUGUUUCCAUGAAGGCCCUUGCUGAGCAGGAGCAGGAGCUGCAGGAAGGUCUGGCUCUAGAAGGCGAAGCUGCUGUGAUAUGUCUGACCGGAGGAUCGCCUGUGCCCUCUGGCUUCCAGCCCCCCAAUUCCACAUAUAUCAAGAAGCUCAAACAAAAGGAAAUGAAAAUUAGAGAGGAAGUCAAAGUAAACUCUCGUAUACGCUGCGAGGACUGUGGCUUUAUGGCCGACGGCAUCAGUGGCCUCAACGUCCACAUCUCAAUGAAACACCCAUCCAAGGAGAAGCAUUUCCACUGCUUAGUGUGCGGCAAGUCCUUCUACACCGAGAGCAACCUGCACCAGCACUUGACCAGCGCCGCCCACCUCCGCAACGAGCAGAACAGCGUGGAAGAACUGCCCGAAGGGGGCGCAAGCUUCAAGUGUGUGAAAUGCACUGACCGCUUUGAGUCAGAGCAGGAACUGUUUGUUCACAUCAAGGAGAAACAUGAGGAGCUUCUGAGGGAGGUCAACAAGUACGUGUUGGAGGACACAGAGCAGAUCAACCGCGAGCGCGAGGAGAACCAGGGCAGCGUGUGUAAAUACUGUGGCAAGGUGUGCAAGAGCAGCAACUCUAUGGCCUUCCUGGCACACAUUCGCACACACACUGGAUCCAAGCCUUUUAGGUGUAAAAUCUGCGACUUUGCAACUGCUCAGCUAGGAGACGCUAGGAACCACGUCAAGAGACACCUUGGCAUGAGAGAGUACAAAUGCGACAUCUGUGGAUGGGCUUUCGUGAUGAAGAAACACCUCAGCACCCACCUGCUGGGAAAACAUGGAGUCGGACAACGCAAAGAAAGGAAGUUUGAAUGCGACUUGUGCGACCGCUCCUUCAGUGAAAAAUGGGCCCUGAACAACCACAUGAAACUGCACAGUGGGGAGAAACCAUAUAAGUGUGCCUGGCCGUCCUGCCACUAUGCCUUCCUUAACCUGUCAGCCAUGAAGGACCACUACAGGACACACACAGGAGAGAAGUCUUAUCUGUGUGACCUGUGUGGUUUUGCUGGGGGCACAAGACACGCCCUCACCAAACAUAGACGCCAACACACAGGAGAGAGACCCUUCAAAUGUAAGCUCUGCAACUUCGCCUCCACCACGCAGUCCCACCUAUCGCGGCACAAACGGGUCCACACUGGGGAGAAACCGUACCGCUGCCCCUGGUGCGACUACAGAUCCAACUGUGCUGAGAACAUCCGGAAGCACAUUCUCCAUACGGGCAAACAUGAGGGCGUGAAGAUGUACAACUGUCCCAAAUGCAACUCUGCCACCAACUCUCCCAUGGAGUUCCGCAACCACCUGAAGGAAAAUCACCCUGAUAUUGAGAAUCCAGACCUCGCCUACCUACAUGCAGGUAUCGUGUCCAAGUCUUUCGAGUGUCGUCUCAAGGGUCAGGGGGCUACGUUUGUGGAAGCAGAACCAGAACCUGUGCACCAUAAGAGCACAUCUGAGGUAUCAGGUCACGAUGACUCAAUCCAGCAGGUCAUCAUUAUCCAGGGCUAUGGCGACGGGGACGUGGCCAUCGACCAGGCUCUGGAAGAGUCAGCCGCUGCCACCUUGCAGACACUGGCCAUGGCCGGCCAGGUGGCGGAGGUGCUCCACAUCACAGAAGACGGGCAAGUAAUAGCCUCAGGCAGGGAAGUGGCGUCCGCAGGGGCCCACCUGGCCGGAGGCAGCACCCAGUACGUGGUGUUGGAGUCUGGGGAGGCUAAGAAAGAGCUGCGGGCUGUGGCUAGAGGAGGGGUAGCAGUCGCAGGACAAGGUCACAUAGUUCCCGAGUCAUCCACAGCUCUGGAUGCACUCCUCAGCGCCGUCAGCGAAAUGGGCCAUCAGGAGGAAAUGCAAGGGGAGGCAGCCGUCGUUCACGAGGUCCUGACCCCUGAGAUAGCCGAGGCUGUGCAGAGCGAAGCGCAGCCGGUCGUGAAACAGGAACAGGAGGAGGUGCAGGUCAUCCAGGAGGCUGGACAGGAGGAGAUGCAAGAGGUGCUGCAGCUUGCCGCAUCCCAGAUGAUGAAGGAAGGUCUAACGCAGGUUAUUGUCAACGACGAAGGAACGCAUUACAUCGUGACAGAGCUGGACAACUGCACCUUACAGGUGGAGGAAGGCAUGUAUGGAGAGGCUGGGGCAGGUGACGGGGAGGUGCAGCAGGCAGAGCAGCAGGCUGGAGAAGAGAUGGUGGUCUAUCUGGAUGGAGCUCCUCAUAAUAUAGUUCUGGAGGAGUAGAGGAGAGAGAAUAAUGAAAUAAGGUACAUUUCAUCAUUUCAUCUCAGUUUUCCUUGUUUAAUUCCGUUUUUUUUUUUUGUUGCUGUUGUUUUUUUAACAUCACAUCUGUUUUUGUUUUUUUACUAUAUUCUCUUGGGCAACACAAACUCAGGUUAAACAUCAUCUAUUCAGAGGGACAUUGAAAGAAAAGGGUUUUGGUGCUAAGUGAGUUAACUUGCAAUCCUCACAACCACCAAGACUAUAAUAACCACAUGAUUAAUGCCAUGCAACCUAAGAAACUAAAUAUAUUUCCACCUGAUAUAUUUUUGUUUUUGAAAAUGCAUCUAAUAUUCUGAAGGUCAAAUGGCUCAUCACAAAGGAAAAUCUGCUUUCUGUUUUCUUUAUGAUACCUUUGUUUACCACAAGUUUUGUUUGUAAUGUUAGAAUUUUGACAAUGACACGAUGAUUUGUUAAUUCUUGUCUGCUUCCUUAAGUUUUGUCUUUCCAUCCUUUUAUAGGGAUUAGUGUGUUAUUAGUUAUGAAAAUAAUAAUUUGACGGAUUUUGAAUAUCUCCAAAACAGAUCUUACAUAUGAUAUAUAUGUAAUAAAGUUGAGUUGAUCAUUAUACAUUUCAGGUUCUCAUCAACCCCUCAGCUGUUUGUAAGUUCAGCUCUAAAAACCGUCACUGCAGUUUCAUUUCUGACAAUAAAGACUGAGUCUAAUUUUUAA